AUGGAGGAAACGCUGAAUCCAAUGAAAUCUGGUACUUCCCAUGAAAAGGCUGAGAACAAGAAGCAACAUGAUCCCGUUUCCCGACCAGAGCAUCCUCGGGACAAGCACAAGAAUGAAGGGCCACCAGGGACUCUCACCCGGUUGAACACCUCCAAGGUAAAUAUCUUAAUGGAGAUCAAAGAUAUGAAAGAGUUAAAGUGGCCUUCAAGAAUGAAGUCGCCCCCUGAGACAAGAGAAAGGAGCAAGUAUUGUGAAUUUCACCGAUAUCAUGGGCAUACCACAGAGGAUUGUCAAGCCUUGCAGUGGGAAAUUGAAGCCCUCAUUAAAAGAGGGCUCUUAAGGAAUUACAUUGGGAAUGAUAAACACCCGAGUAAUGACGAUGACAAUCGGAAAGAGCCUGGAGCCGGAAGCAGUGCUCAACCCACUGCUGGGACCAUUAAUAUUAUCAUUGGAGGCAUAGCAUCUGGAACAGACACAAGUAGUGGGCGAAAGCAAUUUGCCCGCCAACAUACUCAUACCUCAAAGGAAUCCCAUAAUAAAGUCAAAGACAUUAUUUUUGUAGCAAGAGAUUUGGAAGGAGUAUCAUAUCCUCAUGACGAUGCCUUGGUCGUCUCUGCAAUUGUGGCUAACUUUGAAUUAAAGAGGAUUCUGGUUGAUAAUGGGAUUGUAGCAAAUAUACUCUCGCAGGAGGCUUUCGCUAAAAUGGGGAUCUCUCCCAAACAGCUCAAAGCAAUAAAAACUCCGCUACAAGGAUUUGGUGGUAGAGUCAUUAUCGCGAAAGGCAUCGUCGAGCUUCCGCUGACGUUAGGUUCUGACAAUGCACAAGUGACAGAGAUCACACAUUUCCAAGUGGUUAACACUCCUAUGGCUUACAACGUCAUCCUGGGAAGACCCUUACAGAACAAGAUCCAAGCCAUUGUAUCAACUUUCCACCUAGCCAUAAAGUUCCCAACAAGUCAUGGCAUCGGAGUAAUUCGAGGAGACCGAUCAGCUGCCAAACAAUGCUAUGUUACUAGCAUCCGAGGACUAAGUACAGGCGUCAUGCAACUUUCAAACCUCGAGCUCGAGCUCGAGCCAAGGAGUAGACUUGCCCCGAUUGAGGAAUUGGGAAUGGUCGAGAUCGAGCAUGAAAAAUAUGGUAACAAUCGGUCGGGACCUCAAGGCCAGCCUCCGGGAGGAAGUUAUCAAUUGUCUGUCCCGUAA